UGUAACACACAGCUUGGCAGUCAUGUCGGCGCUGAACUCAGGGCGCUUACUGUUAGAGUAGUCAAAAUACAGUUUUAAUUAACUCUGUUAUUUUUAUAUUCAAAAAAUACAUUGGUUUGAGAUUAUGUGUUGAGGAAAAUUUAGGUAUUUGCUGCAGUAUUGUUUUAUAUUGAGAUCUCUUUUUGAGCCAUGGCAUCACUAUCAGAGGAGGUGCUACUGGUGGUGAAAAAGGUUCGCCAGAGGAAGCAGGAUGGCACACUUUAUCUUAUGGCUGAACGUAUAGCCUGGGGUCCAGAGGGAAAAGACCGCUUCACAGUCAGCCAUUCAUAUGCAGAUAUUCGCUGUCAGAAGAUCAGCCCAGAUGGUAAAGCCAAAAUUCAGCUUCAGCUCGUCCUUCACACUGGUGAGAGUACCACAUUCCACUUUGCCAAUGAGAGCAGUGCACUCAAAGACCGAGAUGCUGCCAAGGAACUGCUGCAGCAGCUACUGCCCAAGUUCAAGAAGAAAGCCAACAAGGAACUGGAAGAGAAAAACAGGAUGCUUCAAGAAGAUCCAGUGCUUUUCCAGUUAUAUAAAGAUCUUGUGGUGAGCCAGGUAAUCAGUGCUGAGGAAUUCUGGGCCAACAGGUUAGGAGGCAUAACCAGCACAGACCCCGCACUAUACAACAACAAACAGGAAGUUGGUAUAUCUGGAGCCUUUCUGGCAGACAUUAGACCUCAGACAGAUGGCUGCAAUGGCUUAAGAUAUAAUCUGACUGCUGACAUUAUUGAAUCCAUCUUCAGAACAUACCCUGCAGUGAAGCAGAAGUAUAGUGAAAAUGUUCCUCAUAACCUGACGGAGAAGGAGUUCUGGACACGCUUUUUCCAGUCCCAUUAUUUUCACAGAGACCGCAUCAACACAGGAACACAGGAUAUCUUCUCUGAGUGCGCCAAGCAGGAUGAAAAGGGGUUAAAGACUAUGGUGGUUCAAGGAGUGAAGAAUCCUUUGGUCGACCUCCUGUCAUUAGAGGAUAAAACAUUAGAUGAGGGUUAUGGAGUUUGCACAACACUACCCUCAACUUCCAAUGCAAACAGGACGGUGAAAGAGAACAGUAACUACGCCAUUAUAAAGCGGUUCAACCAUCACAGUGCCAUGGUGCUGGCAGCAGGCUCACGCAAGGGGGAAACACCAGCUGACCAAGCCAGUGAGACGAGCAGCACAGAUGGAAAUUCAAGAGAUUCUGAUUACUUUCAGCCUCCUCUAAAGAAGGUCAAAUUACAAGAAGCCAUAGAAUAUGAGGAUCUACAAAGGGAAAACGGACCAAAAACAGUCACAUUAAACCUCAAGAAGUCUGAAAGGUAUGCUCAUGGUCCCGUGCCACUUCAGUCCCAACAGUAUACAACGAGCCAGGACAUCAUCAACUCGGUGAACUACAUCCAGCAUGAGAUGACCAAUUAUAAACCCAACCUCACUCAGGUGUUGACCAGCACAGCAGCUAGUUCUGCCAUUGGAGCACUUUCUCCAGGUGGCGUUCUCAUGCAGGCAGGGGCACAGCAAGCCAUAAAUCAGAUGGUACCCACUGAGGUUCAAGGAGAGCUAAAGCAUCUUUAUGUAGCUGCUGGAGAGUUGUUGAGACAUUUCUGGUCCUGCUUUCCUGUUAACACACCAUUUUUGGAGGAGAAGGUAAUUAAAAUGAAGUCAAACCUUGAGAGAUUUCAGAUGACCAAGCUUCGUCCUUUUCAGGAGAAAAUUCAGCAUCAGUACCUAAGUACAAAUCUCGCAGGGCACUUGGAGGACAUGUUGCAGGCAGCCUAUAGCAAGUUCCAUGUUUGGCAAACCCGCCGAAUGAUGAGGAAAACCUGAACUCUGAUGGUUUGUCGAAAAGAGGAAAAGGAAGGCAUUAAAGUAUAUGGCAAAAUUACUAGUGAAGGUCCAGACCGCUGUGAAGAGACUCCAGACCACAGCCAAGGACUUAAUGAGGAUAUAGAAGGCUGCUGCUACAUCCCAAAAUGUUCAACAGAGACUAACUGCACAUCAGUCCCAAGUUACUGUAACUAGUGUCCUUUUCUUUUGUUUGUGUUUUCUCAGUGGUUGAGAGAUUGCUGUCGAUAAGGGUUAAAUGGAACUUUUAAUAUGUUGUAACACCGCCAAGUAUCAAGUAGAACUCAGAAAAAGGCUCUCAGGACAACAGACUGAGGUGUGAGCUGCAAGCAGUGCACCUCGGAGCACUGAGUCGAUUUGUGGAACAAUCAUCCAGAAAAUCUGAAGCAAAAGAGGGGGGGGGGAGUGAACA